GGCUCCCGGCGGUCCACGCCUAGGAAGUGGUUACCCACCGCUCAGGGCGGGAGUGCCCAGGGGCCAGAGAGCAGGUUAACCGCCUGAUCGGGUGUGGCUUGCCUCCAGCCGGAGACCACCCUCCCUUAGCCUGGGUUUAGAUGUUCCGAAGUUUUCUUUGAACUCCCGUUAAAAAUGUCAGCUCUGUGGUUGAGGUUUCCGUCCAGGAGAGCACCCUGGUCUGCGCCUUUUCCAGCUGCAGGAAAGCAAAGUUGACGCUAAGAGAUACUACCAAAAAACACCUUGCUGCCCUUGGCUGAAAAGGACUACAGGAUGGAGAAAGGUUUUGAUAAAGCUUGUUUAAAGAUAGCUCAGUUUGGACUCUGGAGAAUCAUCAGUACAGGAAACCGAUUUACCUCCACUUGAAUUAUUAGUAGGUUCCUCUGUUGGCUAGUUGAGACAAAUAUAAGUAUGGCCUUCUACAAUUAUAAAACAGUCUUAGCUAUUGCCCGGACAAGAUUCCCUAGCUAUUUUGUCCAUCCUACCAGCUCUUAUUCCCCAUCAUUUGCAUUUCUUCACUUGCCAGAUUCCCAUUUAAAUAGAACAUACAUCAAGAACUGUGUAAGCAAGAAGUACUCCUAUCCUAAUCAGUCAGGCAAUAAAGUACUUCACCUACGAGCUAGAAUAAUACAGAAGCUGCAUACAUCAACUUGCUGGUUCCAAGAGGUCACUGGUAAACCUCAACUGCUCCAAACCCCAAAAAAGCCUCAGGCGACAAGCCCUCAGCCCACAGAAGGAACUGGCACGAAGAUUAAGGAGGAAAAGCGAUCUUAUAGACAAAGAAUUAUGGAUGAACUUAAAUAUUAUUACAAUGGAUUCUACUUGCUAUGGAUUGACACCAAAGUUGCUGCCAGAAUGGUUUGGAGGCUGUUGCAUGGACAGGUGCUGACCAGACGAGAGAGACGAAGGCUCUUGAGGACUUGUGCCGAUUUCUUCCGCCUGGUUCCAUUUAUGGUUUUCAUAAUUGUACCCUUCAUGGAAUUCUUAUUACCAGCAUUUCUGAAAUUCUUCCCAGAGAUGUUGCCAUCAACUUUUGAAAGUGAAUCCAAAAAGGAGGAAAAACAGAAAAAGAAAAUGGCUGCGAAGUUGGAACUAGCAAAAUUUCUUCAAGAAACGGUUACAGAAAUGGCAAGGAGGAACAGGGCCAAGCUGGGAGACGACUCCAUACAGUUCUCCUCCUAUGUCAAACAGGUCCAGACAGGCCACAAGCCCAGCACAAAGGAGAUAGUUCGAUUUUCCAAGCUAUUUAAAGAUCAGCUAACCCUGGAGAGCCUAGAUCGACCUCAGCUGGUUGCCCUCUGCAAGCUUCUAGAGUUGCAGGCCUUUGGAACCAACAAUUUGCUCCGCUUUCAACUUCUGAUGAAACUAAAGUCUAUAAAAGCAGAUGAUGAAGUAAUUGCCAAAGAAGGGGUGAGCACUUUGAGCGUGUCAGAACUGCAAGCAGCCUGCAGGGCCCGGGGGAUGAGAUCCCUGGGUCUCACUGAGGAACAGCUGAGACAGCAGCUCACAGAGUGGCAGGACCUCCACCUGAAGGAGAACGUCCCUCCUUCUCUGUUGCUUCUGUCACGAACUUUCUACCUGAUCGAUGUGAAGCCAAAGCCAAUCGAGAUACCACUAAGUGGGGAGUCUUCCAAAACAGAUAUUCCCGUGGAAUCACCUACUUCUCCUGGAUCUAAAGAGACGCUGGUGGAUUUAGCACCUCCACUGAAGGGAACUAAGGAUGAAGAAUUUAUACAGCCGCCGCUGGUUCCGUCAUCCCCCAUAAUGCCAUCGACACCUAUCCCGUUACCUAAGGGACCCAUCGCUUCUGCUAAAGAAGCUACACUCCAGGCCGAAUCACAAAAGACAACGCAGAACAGCAAGGCGAGUUCUAAAGGUGCAUAAGGACCAUGGGAGAUGAAGCUCACUGUUGUCCGCUUCCUGCCCGCAGCGGUGGCAUCCACGCAGGACCACCCAGCUGAGACAGAUGCUCUGUGUCUGGUUUAAACAGAGAUCAGCCGUGUCGUCCUUGGG